GCAUCAUUUAGUUCCGUCAACUGAAGAAGUUAACGUCACUGAGUUGGAAAUGGCCCGUACUAAGCAAACUGCUCGUAAAUCGACUGGUGGAAAGGCACCAAGAAAACAACUUGCAACCAAGGCUGCAAGAAAGAGUGCACCCGCAACUGGUGGAGUGAAGAAACCCCACAGAUACAGACCCGGUACUGUAGCUUUGAGAGAAAUCCGUCGUUACCAGAAAUCUACUGAGUUGCUCAUCAGAAAACUCCCCUUCCAACGUUUGGUCCGUGAAAUCGCUCAAGACUUUAAAACUGAUCUUCGUUUCCAGAGCUCUGCUGUUAUGGCUCUUCAAGAAGCCAGUGAAGCUUACUUAGUUGGUCUUUUUGAAGAUACCAACUUGUGCGCUAUCCACGCCAAGCGUGUCACCAUCAUGCCUAAAGACAUCCAAUUGGCAAGAAGAAUCCGUGGUGAACGUGCCUAAACUACUACAACUUCAACAAAAACAAAAAACGGCCCUUUUCAGGGCCACUAAUUUUAUUACCAAAGCAUUGUUUUUUUAAAACUAUUAAUUAGUGGAAAAAACCGUUAGGGAUUGACUUUAAAUGAAUCAAUUAGUGAAGUGUUCCUAACCGCGUGUGUUCAGUUUGAAUCGACGCGUUGCCUAGGAUGAAGAAAUACGAUUCAAAUUUAACUUUUAGUCAAUACAAGCAAUAUACUGAAUUGUUAGAUAAGGAUGUUAGUGCCUUUCAGGAAAAAGUACGCUUAGACGAUCCUCCGCCACCUUCGUCAGAUUCGACAAAGUUCACGAAAGAAAAAUCUAUGGAAAGGCGGUCGCAAAUUCCUUCAAAAGUUUCAUUGCAAAAAACUAUAAUGCCGUGUCUGGCAUGGCGUCGUUUCAAGAAGAAAAAACAGGUAGAAAAGUGUCGUAUAAAUGUAGACACCCCGAUACCUGUUAGGAAACCCCUAUAUAGUAGUACAACGACUGAAAGGAAUAAAUGGUGUCGAAGGCGAGUUUAUCUGGCCUCUGAUCAUACUCCUCUACGUUUAUAUUUUUCAUAUUACGAGCCUCCAGAAGAAGAAUAUGUUACGACGAUACUUGACGCCUAUGGUAAGCCUGUUUUAAAGUUAUCUGAACAAGAUAAGUACUCUGGAAUGGUGUACGAUAAAAAUUCUUUCACUCUCUUACCCCCUAUUGAAAAACCUAAAAUAAAAUCUAUACGAGAAAGAUGGCCGCUGAGUAUGCGAUCCGUAACUCAAAUAAGUCUUCAUUACCGAGCUCAAAAGGAAAGAAAGCGGAAAGAAGAGAAAAAAGGUCGAUGA